AUGAAUCCCACUCCCAACAUCGACUUUGGGCAUGCUACCCACCCUUUCUUCUCUGCCAACGCCCUCGUAGUCAAUCAGCCACUUGAUUUUGGACUACCCUCCAACGUCCCUGAAUGGUUCCAGCCUAUCCAGGCAAUGAUCUUUAACCGGUUCGCCCACAUUGAAUCGCUCAUACAAGAGAACCAACAACUUCGCACUGCUUUGGAUGCAGCCAAUCAAAGUAUCAAAGCACUGGAGGCUAACCAGUUCCCCCUACCCACUUCCACCACCCCACCAGCACCCACCACUCUUAAGUCCAGCGGUUCCAGCGCGUCUAAAUACGCCACUAUCACACCUCCAACUGCUCCUACCAAUCCCUUAACCAAAGCCUCUCCCGUAUCCUUUGCCUCAGUUGCUGCUAAGAACAAGGACACUAAACCCAAGAUUACCAAGACUAUGUCCCACAAGCAAAAGUCCAUGACAUCCAGACACAAGAUCCAAGUGAUCGCUCGCUCCUUCACUCCCGUGUCUGAAACCGCUGGUUAUCAGUACAUUUACCUCCCUCGACGAUACCGUGAACCCAUCUCCAGCAUCCGUACCAAGCUUCAUUCCCUACGUAUCGAUAACGCUCGUAUCCUGGAUGUCUUUUAUCCUACUCGUCGCGUUGUUGGCCUUCUAUUUCACAACGACUACGUCCCCACAGUUCUCGACAUCCUCACCAAAGCUGGAAUCAUACCAUUGUCAGACUUCAACCCCAGAGACGAAGCCCACCUUUGCGACCCUAAGCAUGCCCAACUGCCACCUGCCGAACGUACAGCCAUGAUCACUACCAUUCAUACCACACACCUUCUUCGCACCUUGAAACGUAUUCGUUCCGACGUCCGCCCUGCUGUUCUAAGAGCCUUCAUCGAAUGCAACUGGCACACAGCUACACAAUAUAAUGAUUACAUCAAUGAACUAGCAGCCAGCAACAACAGUCAACCCCCCACAUUUGUCGAUACAGAAAUGUCUGAUAUCCCUACAGCAUCACCCUCAACACUCGCACCCCCCUCCCCUACUGGUGAUGGUCAACCAGCCGAAGACCAAUUAUGA